CUACAUUUCAUCCACGAAGAAGAGACAGAACUCGCGCGAAGUUUAUUUUUCUUGCACACAUUAAAAAAAAUAAAAAAAUAAAGAAUUUCCAGUACGGAAACUGGUUUAAUAUUUAAUUUAAUGGGUUGAUAAGCGAGAAUUAAAUGCGUUUUGUUUUGUUUUAUCGAGUAAAAUGUAAGAAAAGGUUAGUUUAAUCAGGAAAGCGAUAGAAUUAGCCGCUAGCCCGAGAAAAAUCGUGUCCGCUAAUAUUCCAGUUUACUGUUAGUAAGUUUUCGGGAUGAUGGCGAACCAGAACCCGUCCGAGUCUGCGUUUCUGUCCGUGUUGGAGCAGCUCAGAUCCUCCAGGACGCUCCACUUCAAACCCAUCCCGCCGCUGCGCGUCGCCGUGCUCGCGCUCGACCGUUACCUGGCCGGCGCGUGCGCCUCCGACUCCGGCGAAAGCUGCGACUACGACUACGACGUGACUCUCACCGACGGCCGGUGGCGCGUAAAGUGUGCCCUUGCUCGGCGACUGACCCGCGCGGCGCAGGUGAACACGCUCCGGUGCGGCUCGGCCGCUCUGCUCGAGCACCUGUCCCUGGUAUACGACGAGACGCGGCUCGGGAGGAGUUGUGUGCGCGUGGAGCAGGCGAGGUUCGAUCCGUCCUCCGCGUACGAUAUCCUCGGCGCGAUCAAAGACCCGGACGCGAUUCGCUGGUGGACGCACGAGGCUGUCGGUUCUUCUGCGCUGGCCGACGCCGAUGUUCCUCUGAGGCACAACAGGAGACAUUAUUUAUCUCUGUGGAACACCGAGGACCCGCACGGAACUGUGUGGCUUCCAUACACUCCUCCUGCAGAUGUGCCGAUAGACGUAUCUAAGAUUGCUUUUCUGGGAGAUUUGGAGGCAAUCUUGGCCAUGUCCAGACGGCCGUAUCCUCUGCUGGUCCGAGUUCUGCACAGAUCUCGUUUAAGGUUCUACGGAAAACCAGGACAAAAGAUCACCUUCCCCUUCCAGGCGUAUUUGGAGGUGGCUGAUCAGACUGGCAUCAUGUCCCUGGUCCUGUGGAAUGAGCUUUGUCCAGAGUGGUACCAGAGGCUGCUCGUGGGUUCGGUUCUUUACCUGCAGGACUAUAAACUGAAACGCAGCUACCAGAAUCGCUCCAGACCUCAGCUCAGCACGCUGCCACUCACCUUCUACAGAUCCACAGAGAUCUGUUUGAACCCACGAAGUCCGUCAGCCAUCAUCACUGUGAUUCCUCCUAAAAGUGUUCAGCCACAGUGGAACUUACCCGAGGUCACCUACAAUUUCUCUACCAGAUGUGAAGUUGAGAGUCUGGCCAGUAACCAGGCGUGCGACAUCGUUGGCCUGGUCACAUAUGUCAGCCGUGUUGAGCGAAUCAGGAACAGGGGAAACACAGUCCCGGAAAAGUUCUGGAUGUACCGCUGGGUUCACGUUGUGGAUGGAACCUCAGACGCUCCCUUUAUCCUGGAGAUUUUUGCCUCCUCCCAGCCUGAGAUCUUUAACAGAAUCUUUCCCAUGGCUUAUCUCGUGUGUACCCACAUGCGUGUGUGUCGGGAGACGGGUUCGGGUUCUGCUUUUUACCUGACCAGCAGCACAGAGACUCAGCUCUUCAGCACAGGCUGUCACAAGAAGCAGCCGUACCUGUCUGAUCCGAAGGUCAAAGCCUUCAUCCAGUGGACAAAGACUCAAAAAGACAGGGUAGUAAUGAGGAAGACCGCAGUCGGGGGGCGGUACUGUUACCCCCCUCCUCCUCCCGUCUUCACACCAAACACCAGCGGAGCGACUGAUGGAGCAUCAUCGUUAAUGGCCUUAGGAGACCUACAAAAGGAGCUCGAGAGUCUGCAGUAUCGAGAACACCGGAGAGUGGCGGUGCAGGGCCACAUCACUGCUGUGCAGUACCACCGGUGGCCACCUGGGGCUCCACAUACCACAUCUCUGAAUGAACAACAGGUGGAGCAUGACUCAGGGGGCGUGGCCAGAGGCUCCACCUCUUCCUUGCGCACACGCGUUCAACAACCGAGCGAGACGUCCUCGACUUCUUCACAGAGUGACGACAAAAAUCCUCCAAAGCGUCGGAGAGUUGUUCAUGCCACGCAGAAGCAGUACUGGACCCGAGCGAAGCAGCAGUUAGAGAGAUUACUAAACCCAGUGGAUCUCACUGAGGAUGAGGAGGAGAGCAGAAGACGGCCUGAUGAAGAAGGCAGUGAAGCUCUUUCCGGUCCGUCACCUCGACCCACAGACAUCACCGAGACACCACGAAGCACCCCUGACACGUCUUCUGCUCGGCCCAUUGCAUCAUGGGAAAGCAGCAUGUGGGCGAUACUUAAGCAAAGCGUAAAGGAUCACGUGCGCUGUGCUUCUCUGGAUCGCGAGAGCGUUCCGGAAAAAUUCAGAUUCGACGACCGAGACGUCGUCCUACACAGGCUCAACCUUAGUCCUGCAAAGUGGAGCCCGGAUCAUCCAUCAGAGGCUACCUCAGAUAUACACACUCCUGUUAACUUCACAGGAUACCUCACACUCACAAUACUGGGGUUGAAUCAGGAAGCAGCCGUCGACUCGCUCUUUCUCCCCGUCUACUGCCCCGAGGAUCCACGAGCAGUCGGGACGUCCUACAGUCUCCACGACGACACGCUGACGUCCUGCCUUUCCACAGGUCAUAUCUUCAGUCAGGUCAACUUCUCACCAGAAACCUUCCUGAGCUCUGCCUCGGCUCUGGAGGACGAGCGCGUGGUGUGUUUGUUGGACGUGUGUCUGCUGGCCGAGAACCGGGUCGAGAUCGUCUGCACCAAAGUGUACAGGACAGCCGAGAUCAUCGCUCCCGUCUAACACAAAUCCACACGUUGGUAUUCCGACGUUGUUUAGCAUUUGCACUGUUACUGUUUUUGUUCUAAAUAGUAGUGUAGUUUAAUCAUUAUUUUUGGUUAGUUUUGGAAUUCGAGUAGAAAAAUGAGACCGGAUUCGCUGCUUAUUUUCACGAAGGAACGCUGUGCAAUAAAAAGUUAACGAUUGUUCAAAUGUUCUGGAUCUCCAGAGAACAAUCCUAAUCAAGUCAUUCCGUAACGUCUCGGUACGACAAACCAAAUUUAUUAUUUAUUUUUAUUUCUUAUUGAAUAACUACUUAGUUGGAUUUUCAGUUAAAACAAAACAAAAUACCAAAACAGGAUUCUUUUUCUGGUUCUAUUGCACAGACAGCACAUCAUUUCCUACAGUACAGGAAGUAAAAGCCAAAUAGUGUGUCGUGAUUAUUUUGAGAAGAUUAAAGUUUUGUUCUAUAAAACGAGGUGUUCACAGUAUUAAACAGCAAUGGCUCGAUUUCUAUGUAACGAUUGAGAUAUGCGUUGAUAUUCUCAUCAGCUGUGUGGAAACGAGUUAUUGUGUGUUUUUUUUGCAUUAAAGAACAGUUUGUUUGUUA